AUGCCAUUUGAAAAGUCUGCACAUCAGAAUAAGGAUGAUUACUUUAAGAUUCUUCAUGAUUUGUUCCACAAUUACAAUAAAGUUGCUGUUGUCACUUCUCAACAAGUUAAAUCAAAUCAACUCAUGAAAAUUAGAACUGAUAUUUCCAGCUUUGCUGAAAUUGUUUUCUGUAAGAACUCAUUGAUGAGACGCGCUGUUGAUCAGCUGAAAAGGGAAAUUCCAAGCAUUACUGAACUUGAAAAAUAUCUCACAAAUGGAGCUGGGCUUAUCUUCACAAAUGGAUCAUUCAAGGCAAUCAAAGAAGUUAUUGAUGCAAAUUGUAGAUAUUCAGCUGCAAAAGCAGGAUCAAUUGCCCCUUGUGAUGUUAUUAUCAAAAGACAGUUGACAUCAAUCCCAUAUUACGAAUAUAAUCUUUUCUUUGAUCUCCAAAUUCCUUGCAAAAUUUUCAAAGGUACAAUCGAGGUUGCAGGCAAGAAACAGCUAGUUUGGAAAGGUCAAAAAAUUAGAGCUUCUGAAGCCCGCGUUCUUGAAAUGCUCGGCAUCAAGCCAUUCAAGCAUACUCUCAAAAUUGAAGUUCUUUAUGACAAUGGUACAAUAUGCGAUCCUGAAGCAUGUGGCUUGGGCAAUGAAAUCGAUGAGCAUCAGGAGGAGGAAGAAGAAGAGCCUAUGAUACUUGAUGAUAGUAAUUAUUUUGAUUUUGACUUUUAA